GCCGCGCUCGCUCCGUCUCCGCCGGAGAGGAGACAAGUCUCCCCCUUCCCUUCUCUCUCUCCCCUCUGGCCCAUGGACUUCUAUCCCCAGGACCUGGCCAGUCUCGCCCCCCACCCACCCCUGAAUGGGACGACAGGAGACAGGGCGAAAGUCUGAAGAAAACUGAUUUAUUUCACUCGGACUCCGCAUGCUAGUGAACCAGAGAGGGGGAGAGAGCCGGCGGACCGGGAGGUAACACCGGGGUCCCCUCCGUCCUGACCAGCUCAAAAUGCCGGAAGGAGCAGAGAGCGCCAGUGAAAGCCAGGUCUGCAAUCGAGGCGCUUCUCGGCCGUGCUCGGCCUCCUCUCUCAGCCUGAUGACGGCGGUGACAGACAGCAUGGCGGCCGCGCCGAGCUCGGACAGCCUGACCUCCAUGAACACGGUGUGCUCGGACAGUGACCGGCCUGCCAGCCUCAGCUCCUCGGCCUCCUCGGCCUCGCUGCCGGACAGUGCCGGGGCCUUCAGUGGCGGCUCGGCCCGGCCUGCCCAGCACGGCAGCGACAUCAGCCUGGACCUGACCCCAGUGGGCCAGGGGGAGACGCCGUCUGACGACCCCACGGGCGGUGCCGAGGUCCUGGCCCUCCACUUCAUCUCCCCGGCCACGGAUCGGCCGGCCCACACCCCGGCCACCCCCCAGCAGGAGGAAACCAUUGUCAAGCCCUCGCGAGUCGACAGGGUGGUCAGGGAGAUCGUGGAGACAGAGCGAGCCUACGUCAGGGACCUGAAGAGCAUCGUGGAGGAUUACCUGGGCUGCAUCAUUGACUGUGGAGAACUGCCCCUCCAGCCGGAUGAAGUAAACACCUUGUUUUGCAACGUUGAGGACAUCUACCAGUUCAACAGUGAGCUGCUGGAAGACCUGGAGGGUUGCAAAGACCCCAUUGGGGUGGCGGAAUGCUUUGUGGAACGGAGUGAAGAAUUUGACAUCUACACUGUGUACUGUAUGAACUAUCCCAACUCUGUCUCCCUGCUGCGGGACUGCAUGAAGAAUGGGACCCUGGCCAAGUUCUUCCGCGAGCGCCAGGCCACCCUGUCACACUCGCUGCCCCUGGAAACCUACCUGCUGAAGCCUGUCCAGAGGAUACUGAAGUACCAUCUCCUGCUGCAGGAGCUGGCCAAGCACUUUGACAAGAGCGCGGACGGGUACGAGGUGGUGAAGGAGGCCAUUAUCACCAUGACGGCAGUGGCCUGGUACAUCAACGACAUGAAGAGGAAGCAGGAACAGGCGGUCAGACUGCAGGAGAUUCAGAACUCGCUGCUGAACUGGACGGGUCCCGACCUGAUUGCGUUCGGAGAGCUGGUGCUGGAAGGAACGUUCCGGGUACAGAGAGCCAAGAAGGAGCGGACGCUGUUUCUCUUUGACAAGAUGCUCCUCAUUACCAAGAAGAGAGCAGAUCAGUACACCUACAGUCUGCACAUCUUUUGCUGCAACCUGACGUUGUCGGAGAAUGUGAAGGAUUCCCUCAGCUUCCGAGUCACUGACCUGACGGUUCCGCGGCAGCAGCACACACUCCAGGCCAAGAACCAAGAAGAGAAGAGGCUGUGGAUACAUUACCUCAAGCGGUUAAUCGUAGAGAAUCACCCGGCCUCCAUCCCACAGAAGGCGAGGCAGGUGUUGCUGGAAAACCACUCUCAUUACUCGCCAGUGAAUUGUUACAGCCCAGAGGCCUUGAAGAAAGUCUCCUCCUCGCCCCACCUAGAUGAUUCCCGAGGAUGUUCACGAGGGCGAAGACAGUCGGAACCGCCAGUGUUCAGCUGCACCCCAGAAAGAUCAAAGAAGAUAUUUCCCUUGUUAAAUGCAGAGAAUUCAUUGCCGUUCUGGCGGGGAAGAAGACAGUCUGAGCCGAGCAAACAGAUUCAGGCAGUGAUCGAGCAGACUGUAUGUGUUGGUGGUGGUUCUCCAUCGUGUCUGGUGACCUGUGCGGGAGAGUUUUCAAAGUGGAAAAGCCGUUGCACUUGGGACAGCUCCACUCUCUCGACCUCGGAAGUCCAGGUCCAGUGUUAUGAGCAAGCGUCACAAACCAGGGUCUUCCUUGGUUGCAGUGGAUGACCGUGAUGCUGCCUGUGCCUCGUCGUGCCCUUUGUUCUCUGCGGUACCCCCUUUCCUGGGCGUCGGAUCUCACUGUAGAUCUCAGGAUACGGGGGGAAGGCAGGAGACUGGGGCUGAGAGGGAAAAUGGAUCGGCCAUGAUGAAACGGCGAGAGCAGCCUCAAUGGGCCAAAUGGCCUCAUUGUGGUCCUGCAUCUUAUGGUUAAUUAGCCCCUGCAAUUUUUCCUGUGAUCGGGCCAGGGUUACAAUCGACGGGUUGCUGGGCAACUUGGCUCUGUGGGUCAGAAGGGCCUGUCGCACGUUGUAUUGCUA